AUGGCCGAUUAUAAUGCCACGCAUCCUGCAGACCCAGUCGAUGAAAGGCAACGAGUAACUGACGACCAGCAAGUCCGCGACCCGGAUCCAACCUCGCAAGAAGACGAUGAGCUGAAUGCUGCCAGUCGCCCUGAACACCGCCGCAGACGCACUCACGGUAGAGACGCUCGACAGCACAACAUUGUUCCUGCCAGAACAGGGCCUGGCUUGGCGGCAUCGGGGCGCGCGGCACAUGGCAGCACAAAUCGAGCCUUACAGCACGUUGUGAGGCAGCCGGGAGGGAGAUUUGACUCUUUCAACACGUUGCCGUCCGGAGCGGACGGUGCUGACUUUGUCGCCAAGCUCGUGCUCUACGCUCACCACCAGGUGUACUCUAACUUCUUCGUGGGCGAGGUCAAAGACACAAGCGUCCUCCCUUACACCAAAUAUGCACUCCACCACGAACACGCUUACUGGGGUGCAGCGUGGUUCUCCUGCACCAGUCGAAGAUGGCUGGCAGGUCAAUCUAUGCAGCACACACCGCAGGAGUUGUUCUUCUACACCAAGUCGCUAGAAUCACUACGACAAGCGUUGAGUGACCCGACGCUUGCCACACACGAGAGCACCAUUUCGACAAUCUUACACCUUUCAUUCCCGCCAUAUCUGCCCCACGUGGACAGGAGCAUGCCUCGUCCGCGACAGUCGAAUUUUAAGACAUGGAACCUGCUGCAUUUGGCCACGGGGCUCAACGUCGCCGAGGAGCACAUGCUCGGCCUUGCCGCGGUGGUCAAGGUGCUCGGUGGCGUCCAGAACAUCCAGAGCGCUCAGAUCCGACGCUCGGUAUGCUUUCAGGGCAUCCACUUCUCCGGCCGCCACCUGAAAGCCCCUCUCUUCCCCUUUGCCAGCCUCCACCCGGUCGACCAGCUGGUCCACGCGUCCCGACUGCGCCGCUCACGGCACGCCUUUGACCCUGUAUCUGCCGAGACAAGUCGCAGGCGUGGCACCGGAUUCGACGACAUUUCCUUUCCGGAAGUGCUGCCCCUAGAUACCACCCCGCAGCCGGCCGUGGUGUGGGCGUACCUCGCGGACAUGACGACCAUCCUGGAAGACUACGCCUCAGGAGGCUCCAUGCAGAGUCAAACAUCCGUAAUUCUCGACCAGAUGCAGUUCACGCAGCACAGCCUAUUAUCACUUCCCCCGGCAGCGGAUCUUCAACGUCAAGGGAGGCAAGAAGAGCACGAGCACGAGCACGAGCACGAUCAAAGAGGGGGCAUGGCGACCCGUCUCCAACUCUACGAGAUCACGCGCUGGGCAUGCAUAUGCUACGCCAACCUCAUCACCUAUCCGACCGACUAUUCGACAUUUCCACGCCUCCGCCUGGCAAGGCUCCUCCUGCGUGAGCUGAACAUGCUGUAUGAGACGAGCAUGAUUGCCCAGCUGACUCGGCCGGAGCAACGCCUCGUCUUCUGGGCCACAGUGCUCGGCGCCAUCAAGGCCGUCGGGUACGACGAUGAGAGAGCGUCGUUCGUCGCCCUGGUCGCGCGGUCCGCUGGGGAUGCGAAGGUCCGGUCGUGGACGGAGGCGAGGGCCGUCAUGGAGUCGUUCCUGUGGCAUGGUCAGACUAGUGACCCGGAUGCGCUGAAGCUUUGGGUUGAGGUGCAGAGGGUCGCGAGACCACAUGCGGCCGAACUGAGGUUGCCGGAGCGGAUGGCCGGAGCGGAGAGGUGA